AUGGAGAGGUUUGGCGUAAUAAUAGGAUCAGGGAUUGGGGGUUUAGGGUUUAUGGAGCAACAAGACAAUAUUCUUAUUAAAUCAGGACCAAGGCGUGUAUCUCCUUAUCUUAUUCCUGCUAUGAUUGCUAAUACUGCACCAGCACAAGUUGCAAUAGAAAUAGGAGCAAAAGGACCUAAUCAUGGGGCUGUCUCUGCAUGCGCAACAUCAGGGCAUGCAAUUGGUGCUGCACUAAGGCUUCUGCAGGCAGGAGAUGCAGAUAUAGUAUUAUGCGGAGGAGCAGAGGCAUCAAUAACACGUUUAUCUUUUGCAGGAUUUAAUGCAUUAAAGGCAUUAGCAUUAGGAUUCAAUGAUAGACCAAAAGAUGCAUGCAGACCAUUUGAUAAAAAUAGAUCAGGAUUCGUUAUGGGGGAAGGAGCUGGAGUAAUUGUAUUAGAGACAGAAGAGCAUGCAGUCCGUCGUGGGGCUGCUCAGGUGUAUGGGCAGCUAGCUGGCUAUGGUGCUACAUGCGAUGCUCAUCAUAUAACUGCUCCUUCUCCUGAGGGUGAUGGUCUUGCUCGUUGUAUGGAUUUAGCACUCAAAGACGCGGGUAUACAACCAGAGGAUGUAGGGUAUAUUAAUGCUCAUGGUACAUCUACAUAUUAUAAUGAUAAAAUAGAAACAAAAGCAAUAAAAAAAGUCUUUGGUCCUCAUGCACAAAAAUUACUUAUUUCUUCUACUAAGGCAAUGACAGGACAUUGUCUUGGUGGUACAGCAGGGAUAGAGACAGUAGUAGCAGCAAAAGUGUUGCAAACAGGGAGUGUACCACCAACCCUAAAUUAUACAACACCUGACCCUGAAUGUGACCUUAAUUAUGUACCCAAUAAGGCUGUACAGAUGCAGGAACCCCCAAAAGCUGUACUUACCGAUACUUUGGGCUUCGGUGGUCACAACGCUGCGCUCGUCUUAACCCGUUACGAAAAGCUAUAA